AUGACCAAAGACAAUAAUAAGCCAGAAACUUCACUAGUCCUAAGUCAACAAAAACUUGCAACAAACGGCACCGCCAACUCCCAACCUCCAGCGAAUCUUAAACCGUGUUGCGCGUGCCCAGAUACCAAAAGAGUUCGCGACGAAUGUAUAUUCGCAAAAGAAGCGCCAGUAGUCACUAGUAGGAAUGAUUUGUAUCAGGUUAUGAUUGACUUUUACAAACAAUUUAUUUGA